UGUGUGUGUGUGUGAUAUAUCAGACGUCACUGCCUGCCGUUGGUCCAGUUCACUUCAGUUUAGAUGAGCCGUUGGUUCCAUAGGAGGAAAACUGGACUACACCCGGACCUAAAGGCAGUUUAUCCCGGGACAUCCCACCUCACUCUGUACCAGGACACUUCUUAUGUUUACUUCCCCGAAAUAAGGAGCAGCACACCGGGGCGGAGGGACGUGAACGUGACGUCCUGACGCCGGCUCCGCUCCGGCGCCUCACCUCCACGCUGUGUCCGGAGGUCCUCACCGGGGUAACUGAGCCAUCCAGCGAUCCGAUUGGAGCCUGAUCGUGGGGUAGAAAGUGUGUGAUGAUGGAGAAGAAGAGGACGGAGUGUCCUGCGCUGCCGCCUGGCUGGAGGAAAGAAGAAGUGAUCAGGAAGUCCGGGCUGAGCGCCGGGAAGAGCGACGUCUACUACUACAGACAAUGCAUGGCUCAGCGUAACAGACAGAACAGCGACCCCAGUCCUUCAGGGAAGAAGUUCAGAAGCAAGCCUCAGUUGUCUCGUUACCUUGGAAACACAGUGGAUCUUGGGUGUUUCGACUUCCGGACGGGGAAGAUGAUGCCUGGAAAACUGCAGAAGAACAAACAGAGACUCCGGAAUGACCCGCUCAGCCUGGCCAAGGGAGGUAAAGUGGACCUGAACACAGCGCUGCCAAUCAGACAGACAGCGCCCAUCUUUAAACAGCCUGUUACCAAGGUAACAAGUCACCCCAGCAACAAGGUGAAGACAGACCUGCAGAGAUCUAGUGAGCAGCCCCGACAGCUGUUCUGGGAGAGGAGGUUGAAAGGUCUGAGGUCAUCAGACAUCACAGAGGAAGUACUGCAGACCCUGGACCUGCCCAAAGGCCUGCAAAGUGUUGGACCAGACUCCAGUGAUGACACGCUGCUUUCAGCCAUCGCCAGCGCUCUGCACAUGAGCUCUGCUCCAAUCACGGGCCAGAUGUCUGUGGCUGCGGAGAAGAGCCCGGUCGUCUGGCUGAACACGAGCCAGCCGCUCUGCAGGGCCUUCAACGUCACCGACCAGCACAUCCGGGAGCAGGAGCUCAAAGUGCACCAGGCCAGGAGGAGUCUGGAGGAGGCGCUGAUGGCUGACGGCUUGGCUCGGGCCACCGAAAACACCCGGGAGCUGCUGGAGGGGAACAAGGCCUGAAGACAGACGGAAAUCAUGCUCUGAUGGUUAAUCCUGACAAACCAAAAGCAGAGCACACACAGACUCUGCUGCUUCAGUGGGAGUUUGCUCAACCCUCCAGUUCAGGAAACCAUUCUCAGGAUGACAUCACACCAGAUAUCUUUCAGCAUGUGAAAUUAGAGCCAUUUUGUAGAGCAACAGAAGCAACAAUGGGACACCAACCACAGCCAUAAUGGCACCAGCAAUAUUAGCCAUGACAAACGCCAGCUGCACAACUUCCAGUGCAACACCGCACAGCAGCAGCUAUACGUUGAUGUCUACCAGCUCAGAGCAUCCAAAGCCUUGAAUCCUCUCUGUGCAUACUAUACAACAACGCUUACCUUCUCUACUUUUUCAAUUCAGAUAUUACACUUCUUUCUUUUUAAAAUAAAGCUGAUUAAAAUGAUAUAUAAGAAAAGAACACAGAGACAAAUUCCAAACUGCUGGACGGCUUGUGCUAACUUACUAACUCUAACUGUGCUCUUCCAUGAUUUGGGGUGAUUGUGGUUAGUUUUAAGGAAGUCUUCAAGGGUUUUAAUUAAAUUAUGAUAAUGUACAUACAUAUGAAAUAGAACAAUUGCUUAUUUAAGACACAUUUUAUAUCUUGAAAGAACAGACAUUUACAUGUCUUGGACUAAAGUAAAUAAAUGAUUAUAUUCACAAUUA